AAGAAAUAGCAACUUUUAUUUGAAAAUGGCGUCGGACGUGAGCCGUGAUGGUUCUGAAAAUAAACGCAAACUAGAGGAAGAUGAGGGCGAAUGGGUCGGUCCUCUGCCCAACGAGGCAACACAAACAAAAAAGAAAAAAGUUCUUGAGUUUGAAAAAUUGUACCUGGACAAUUUACCUUCCGCCUCCAUGUAUGAAAGAAGUUACAUGCACAGAGAUGUUAUAACACACAUUGUUUGCUCCAAAACAGAUUUUAUCAUAACAGCAAGUCAAGAUGGGCAUGUGAAAUUCUGGAAGAAGAAGGAGGAUGAGGGAGUGGAGUUUGUCAAGCACUUCCGCAGCCACUUGGGUGUGAUCGAGAGUAUAUCUGUCAGUGCGGAGGGUGCGCUCUUCUGCUCUGUAGGUGAUGAUCAGGCCAUGAAGGUUUUUGAUGUCGUCAACUUCGACAUGAUCAACAUGCUCAAACUCGGCUUCCAUCCAGGCCAGUGCGAGUGGAUCUAUAAUCCGGGCGAUGCCAUCUCCACCGUAGCCUGCUCUGAGAAAUCCACCGGGAAGAUUUUUGUAUACGACGGGCGUGGAAGUAAUCAACCCCUGCACAAGUUUGAAAAGAUGCACAGCGCACCACUGUCUCAGAUCCGCCUGAAUCCAAAAUAUCGCGUCAUAGUGUCGGCUGAUAAAGCGGGAAUGUUGGAAUACUGGACAGGCCUCCCGAGCGAGUUCAAAUUCCCACGGCAGGUGGAGUGGGAGUUCAAGACUGACACGGACUUGUACGAGUUUGCCAAAAGCAGAACGUAUCCCACCAGCCUGAUGUUCUCUCAAGACGGCAAGAAAAUGGCCACCAUCGCCGUUGACCGCAAAGUGAGGAUUUUCCGCUUCCUCACUGGGAAGCUGAUGAGGGUCUUUGACGAAUCAUUAACCAUGUUCACGGAGCUCCAGCAGAUGAGGCAGCAGCUGCCCGAUAUGGAGUUUGGCCGCAGAAUGGCGGUGGAGCGAGAGCUGGAGAAGGUGGACGGCAUCCGACUGACCAACGUCAUCUUCGAUGAGACGGGACACUUUGUGCUGUAUGGCACCAUGCUGGGCAUUAAAGUCAUAAACGUGGAGACUAACAGGUGUGUGCGGAUUCUGGGCAAACUGGAGAACAUUCGUGUGGCGCAGUUGAGUCUGUUUCAGGGAGUAGCCAAGACCAUGCAUGCGGCACCAACCAUUGAGAUGAAGGCCUCCGACAACCCAGCGCUGCAGAGCUCCAGUCCAGACCCCACCAUCUUCUGCACCGCCUUCAAGAAGAACCGCUUCUACAUGUUUACAAAGAGAGAACCGGAGGACACCAAGAGUGCUGAUUCGGACCGUGACGUCUUUAAUGAGAAGCCGUCUAAAGAGGAAGUGAUGGCAGCCACACAGGCAGAAGGGCCGAAAAGAGUGUCGGACAGCGCCAUCAUUCACACCACAAUGGGCGACAUUCACAUCAAACUCUUUCCUGUGGAGUGCCCCAAAACAGUGGAGAACUUCUGCGUCCACAGCAGGAACAGUUAUUACAAUGGACACAUAUUUCAUCGUGUCAUCAAGGGCUUCAUGAUCCAGACCGGAGAUCCGACGGGCACAGGGAUGGGUGGAGAAAGCAUCUGGGGUGGAGAGUUUGAGGAUGAGUUUCAUGCCACACUGAGGCACGACAGACCAUACACCCUCAGCAUGGCCAACGCAGGCCCGGGGACCAACGGGUCGCAGUUUUUCAUCACUGUCGUCCCAACUCCCUGGCUGGAUAACAAGCACACAGUCUUUGGGAGGACCACUAAAGGAAUGGAGGUGGUCCAGCGGAUCUCCAACUUAAAGGUGAACCCCAAAACCGACAAGCCGUAUGAAGAUAUCAGCAUCAUAAACAUCACUGUCAAAUAGAUGUGCAGUCUCAGCUCUAUUCUUCUGAUUUUGUAAAAUAAACUACCCUUUUUUUAAAUAAUACUAAUUUUCAAUAGUGAUGCAUCAUUCAGCUUAGUUUUUAAUAGCGUAACAUUAUGAAUGGUUAUACAAAAAGCCGUGGUCGUAUCAACAACAAAUGUGGGUUAGCAGUGUGCUUCUCGAGAGGCGUCCAAAACUCACAUUCACGAUAACUUCAGAUCAUCCUGCAAUAGGGGACAGAGAUAGUCUUCACACAUGCUUUAUCUAAGUACAGUUAUUCAACAUUACAUGGCAAUGAGGAUCAAUGUUUCAAAACAAAGAAUGGUUCCUAAACCGGACUAAUGCGGAUAAUGUCGAGUAAUGGAGCGUUUACAUGCGGCCACAGUUGCGUGAUGCAUUAAGUAUAUCAAUGAAUGUAAUGUUUUUGCCUUUUAAGAUGCUAAGAAAUGCUUGUUCCAACAAAUCAAGAUAUAGCCAGAUAUUAAUAAGCAAUGGACUGAUGAACUGGAAACAGGUUUAUACUUUUUUUUUUUUCAUGACAACUACAAUUCUUUCAAAUAUAAAUAAUCAGUAACAUUGUUUUUUGCCACAAACACUUCCAUCUCUUCAUACAUGGUGAAAAUACACCUACACCCAUGCAUCAGUCAUAAGACCACAAAGGACAUUUCAAUAAAUAUUUACAG